CUCAUCAUGACCACGACCGACCAACCGCCUAUUGUCAACGUGCACACACCAUCCAGCUCAUUUGCCGUGAUCCAUUCUUUUGCAGAAGAUAAUCUCACAACGCUCUUCGGCAAGCUAGAUCGCAAAGUUCGGAGCACACCCGAGGUCGCGGAUGCAUCUCAUGUAGGAUCAGGGUGGGUCAAAUACGAUUGGAAUGGCAAUGUUUGGAAUCUCGACGACGAAUCAGAUUAUACGAUUUUGGCCUGGAGGCAGAAGUCUCUGUCGCCUGAAUCCUCUACACCAGCCUCUACCACCCCCACGCUAUACCUGCACAAUCCUUCUAACCCGUUGCCCACACCUCCAGCAUAUUGCAAUCCUUCGUUUUAUGCAUUCAAGCCACAGCCUUCAUUGUCUCCCCCGCGUGCUUCAAAUUCUCGUACGAGGUCCGUUAGAAGUGGGAAGUCCGGGAAAAGCAUAGGUUCGCACAGCGUGAUGACAGAACACGAUGGUGUUCCACAGCAUAAGAAAGAUUUCUUAAAGUUCCAUAACGAAAAUGGUGUGCGUACUGUAAUGGGAUGUGUUGGGCCGGUUAAGAAUGUCCGUAUGUUGCUGAAAAAUGGGUACUCGCACGUGUACAUCUCGCGUGCUUUUGCGAAAAGACACGGCUUUAUCCCUAAGGAUGCCACUCCAGGGUUGUAUGGCUAUGGAGGACUUGUCAAUAUCGGGCAGUGGCCUAUUACAGUGGGCAAGACGAAAACAAUGCAUUCUGUGUACCUCGCUGAGGAAUCGCACUUUGAUUGCAUCCUUGGCCGCUCAUUCAUGGAAGUGCGAAGUGUCAAGUUAGACCCGACGGACCCGACAAACGUGUUGUGUUUGGAUAAUAACGAGCAGCUGGAUUGUGAGCUGGUGAUUAUCCGGGAUGGAAACGGCGAGAUUGUCACUGUUACUUGAUUAAUCCCCAGGGUCCCUCUUUCUUUCAUGGGCAUACCAUUUGUGCGGACUUAUUGUUGACCGAGUGAAAUUAUCAAUGCUAACAUUUGGUUUCAGAUUUGUUAUUUUGACUCUGUCUCCUAUCAAUCCGUUUCCAUGUCAAUAUACCUGUAUGCUUCAUA